UCAUCCGCCAUAACGUUGUUAAAUUGUGAAAGUGAAGAGUGAAAUUUGUUUGUUUUAACGAUUCCGAAGCGUUUUAAUAAGUGUAGUUAAAGAAUGUUUUAAAAUGAGUGAGUGGUAUAGAAUGAAAACGGGACACAAACACGACAAUUCUUCAGAUUUAUCAGUUGAAACUUCAUGUGAAAUGUCAGACUCUUUCAAUAAUAUGUUUUCGGAUAAUCUAAGCCCUAUUCCGACUGUGAUUGUGCCAAGGAAAUUAGAUUUCAGUAAUAUGGAUGAUAAUGAUUGUACUCCUCCUUCUGCUUCUCCUGCCCCAGCACCGCUAAGCCCACCUUAUAAGAAAGUCAGAGCUUUGAGACUGUUUGACAGCCCGCACACUCCCAAAUCGCUGCUGCAGAAGUGUUCGACGCCUUCGCAUCAUCCGCCGAGGUCAAGGCUCUUUCCGCCCAAGCUUAACAUUCCGUCGGGCUUGCCGUCUGGCUCCAGUCACCACCUCCAUCCGCCAUCAGACGAGGACAGCGCGUUGGGCAGCCUCGCGCUCGACGACCUCGAAGACUCCCGCUACAACCGCAGACCAUUGGCUAACAUCAAUCCUUUUACGCCGAACGGCCAAGCGUUGAACAAGAAGAAGCGGGCUCUGUCAAAGACACCAACGUCCCAGGGUAAUAUUUCACCACAGCAACCAGCUAAAAGGCUAAGGGAAUCCAACAUAUCACGUUAUAACGUGGAGUUCGUGGAACUGGAUGUGAUCGGGUGCGGGCAGUUCGGUCGGGUCGCGCGCUGCGUCAACAAGUUAGACGGGUGCGUGUACGCGCUCAAGCGGUCGCUGCGGCCCGUGGCCGGCUCGGCCGAGGAACGUGCCGCUCUCACCGAGGUGUACGCGCACGCCGCUCUCGGCGUACACCCGCACGUAGUCAGAUACUACUCGGCCUGGGCCGAAGACGACCACAUGAUAAUACAGAAUGAGUUCUGCGACGGUGGCUCAUUGCAGCAGUUGUUGGAGAGUGGACCGUUGCCCGAGAACGAACUGCUGCUGUUGCUGGCCCAUAUUAGUGAUGGACUAGCGUACAUGCAUUCACUUCAAUUGGUGCAUAUGGACGUAAAACCAGGGAAUAUAUUUAUUUGCAACGAAGAGGUUGCGUCUAACUCGGAGUCUGAUGAUGGCUAUGACGAUGAGGAUGAAGUGACCACCAAACCGAAACAUAAAUAUAAGAUUGGCGACCUCGGCCACGUCACCUGCGUGUCUUCACCGUCCGUGGAUGACGAGGGAGACUGCCGGUAUCUCUCCAAGGAGAUUCUGCACGAGGAGUACACGGACCUCACUAAAGCGGACAUAUUUGCCUUCGGUUUAACACUAUUCGAAGCCGGUGGCGGGGGUCCUCUCCCGAAGAACGGACAGGAGUGGCAUGAUCUGAGGGACGGAAAGCUUCCGGACCUGCCAAACAUUUCCAGGGAGUUUAAUCAGCUAUUGAAGGAUAUGGUGCAGCCGAACCCGAGGUCGCGUCCGUCAGCAGCCAGGAUACGAAGACACCCCCUGCUGCACAAGGCGAGCAAGGCACAGCUCCGGCGGGAGCUGGCGGCGGCGCGGCUCAACAACGAACUGCUCACCAACAAGCUGAGAGAAGCAGCAAGGUGUAUAAAAUCGCUAACGCCCAACCCAAUCCUGAACCAGGAGUCGGCGAAGUUCCGCACGAGGUCCGCGAAACGACUCCAGAAGCCGCGGGUCGACUCGAAACUAGUCGAGAUGAUCAAGUCUGUCACCUCACCCAUCAGAAUAGACAGGCAGAUCGACAGGCUGGGUAACAAGGAGAUGUUGAAAUAAUAUUUAAGUGAUUUAUAAAUUAUUGGCAUUAAAAAGAAGUUAUGGGGCAAUGAGAAUCAUGGUGGGGUAACUAAAAUUUUUAUAUUAUUAAGUUUUUAAUUCUAAUUCAAAAUUAAUCAUUUUGAAAGAACCAGGGUUGCCGAAAAGUGUUUUAACUUGAACUUAAAUAAUUAUUAUUUAUUAAAUCACUGUUUUUACAAUGAUAUUGUAAAAAAAUUAUAUAGCCCUCUAUGGUUCUUAUGGCCUCAUAUUUCAAUAAGAUUAUUUCUAGAUAUUACCGAUCUAUCAAAUUAUUUUAUUGUUUCAUCGGGCAGAAAAUAAUAUUUAUUUUGUGAUGGCUUUUUUUCCUUACUUUGUGGUGAUAACUGGUAACUUCUAUGGCGUAAUUAUAAGCAGGCAAAAUUUGAAAGCAUCAUAAUACAAACCCGAGUUUUAGAGUUUCAUAUCAAUCGGUAUGCAGGGUUUGUUUUCAAGUGCCCUAAAUUGAUUCAAAUGGUAGUUGAAAACUAAAAUACGAUAAAGUUAUAUAUCUUAAAAUUUUAACCAAUUAAUUACAGUUGGUUUUGAUACGAAAACAUGACUUAUAAACGUUUCGUGAUUUAUUAUCUGGACUCUUAUUACCUAAAUCAAAAAUUAUUUGUUGAAUAAUAGUAUUUGGAUUUAAAUUACUCCUUUCUUAUUAUAAUCAUAAAAAUGGGGUAAAUAUAAAUAUAUAAUUAUUAAUUUAUUAAUUAAAAGAAUAAAAUACAGUAAUAAGCCAUGCGGCACCAAAAGGCAGACGUUUUCGAAAACGUCGAAAAAAUUUAGAUUUACUGUUAACCUCUAUUUUGAGUAAUGCACAACACAACUAACACAAAGUAACAUACAAAUCGCGAGUGUAAGACGUGGCUUGUCACGCACAUUAAAGUUACAAACCUGGCCUGUUUUCAUCGUUGUCUAGCAGGCUCUAGAGGCUCUAUCUAUUCAUACGUAUUUUUAUCUUAGAUCAUUGUAUCUAAAAUAAAAAUAUAGUAAGUUGCGUAACAGCUAUUUAUAUUGCUGAUUUAAUAAAAAAAUAGGUUUUUUUUUUCGAAAAUAGGCGUGUAUACACAUUAUAGAAGAGGAAUCCAAAUUCUAUCAUCAACCAUAUUGUAAUCAAGCUAUACCACAGAAAUAUUCACAAUAUUUCUUUUUAUGAAUUUAUUUUUGUCUGUCGUCAAUUACCCCCUUGGAUAUUAGGGUCAAUUAAAAACAAACAUUUAUCUGGCUUUGUUAAAUUAGUAUGUCUGUAUACACAUAAUGCUGAACCGAUUUGACAUUAACUUUGAAUUAAUCCGUUCACAUAGAUACAAGAUAUUAAAAUGAUGACUAUUUUUACAUAGUUUCCGAUUUUCAGCCAUUUUAAAAAAAGGUUCAAAAGUAUUUUUUUUUAAAAUAUUUACAUACUUGACUGACAGUACUUUGAUGUAAAAAGCUUAAACAUUUUGAACUUGCAACAGGAUUGUACGCUCAUAUUAAGAUAUUUAUUAAAUUAUUGAAAAAACAAUGUCCACCCAUAUAAAAAAAUUAGUUAUUGGUUAAUACCAAAUGCAGUGUUAAUAGCUCGUUUUAAGUUUAAGAACUAAGAUAUUGCCGAUUUUAUAAAUGACGCCGUUUUACAUCUGCUCGCCCCUUGACUUGUUCCGAUAGUAUAAAAACAAAUGAUUGAUAAUAUAACCGGCCAUAAUAAUACAGCCAUAAAUCUAUAUUAGGCGUAUUGCAUAUUGCUUGGACAUAUCAUCUAAAUGACACACAUACACGGUAAUUAUACUAUUACCAUUACACAACUUACGUAUUAGGAAAAAAAGAAUUAAAUUAUUAAAACUUUUGUGAAACAUUAUAACUUUAUUUACUAAACACGGCUUUACCCACGUUUUAUGGGUGUGGAUUGGGUACCGACUAGUUUCGGACCAUUUGAAGUUCCUUCAUCAAGGUAAGAGUGUAGUGGGUUCGCGUCCCGUCUCAUACUGCUGAUUUGUGCUCGUAGUGCGCGGCUUCAGAAAUGCUAUAAUUAGUUUACAUAAAAAAGUUUAUCUCUCAGAAAAAUCAAUUUCAACGACUUACGAAUUUUCGAUCAGGUGCACGUGUCCUGACGCGAGUUUAACAUUUUAUACCCAUCCCAAGAAAUGUGCUCAACGCCGCUAAAGAAGUUUUCACUUCAAUAAUAAAAACGUUAUUUUACGGUACGGAGAACUAUUAUCCAUCGAUUGUUAAGUUAACUUAUAAUCUAAUGGAGUUAGUAAUUAUAACUUCGAAGAGAUAUAUUUAUUUUUAUUGAAUAAGUUUUGCGUCCAUUAUUUUAGGCAGGAUAAGUAGAAAUAAUCUUGACUUUACAUAUUUUCGAUCACUUAGCUGUUCCACAUAACCUUUUGGUGAUGAAAAAUUUGUUAUACUAAAUUAUAACCGAUGCGAAAACGUAGAAUCCCCUCUUAACAAUGUCGUCAUACAAAGUAGCAUAAGUUUUGGAAUAAUAAAAGUUAACAUUGUUACUUUUAUAAUAUUUUAGUUAUAGAUAGUUAUUAAAGUAUGGUAAGGAAUCUAACAAAAUGUUAAUCUCUCUUUCUCUUUCUCUCUCUCUCUCUCUCUCCUCUGUAAUUUUGGUGUUUCUUUAACCAGUUUGGUGUAGACCUGCUACAGUUUUCACCGUUUUGCUUCCAUCCAAUUCGUAACCACUUUUCCGUAAUCCGUCCAUAGCAUCUGUUGUCUACCUCUAGGUCUCUUCAUUGCUGCACUAUCAAAAGUUGGCAAUUUCUACUUGUUUUGUACGGAAAUAGUAAUUCAGUGUUUUAGAUUUAUAGCUUAUUUUGUUCGUCAUUCCGAAAAGCCCGUUCUACGUUGGAAGCAAAAACCAAAUAGUUGGAUGGACCAAAAAUUGGUUGGCUGCUAAGCUUUCUCCUUGAAGCGCGCACCGUUCAAGAGAUCUCUACUAACAUAAUGACGUUUAAUGCGCGUUCAGUCGGCAUUCAGAUACGGACCGCGCAACGAAAAUGCCGAAUUGUUCGCUUUGUGUGGUAUAAAUAUAUAUAAAUUGAAAAGUAGUUCAAACUAAAGCUCACUGUAACAUCACCUAUCACCGUGAAUACAAUAAUUGACAUAUUUUACUUAAUAAAUACUUAUAAUAUAUAUGUUUAAGAAUGAUGCAGAUGUCUCGGCCUCAAGUCAAACUUUACUUUACCCCUCGCCAAACUCUAGUUCACUCCGACGUUGCAGCGUAUAGUUCCGCAUUAACAAACAAUUAGGUCUCAGAGAGGCAAAUGCAGAACGAAUCGUGGCAACUUCAUAUCGCACUAAUAGCUUAAAAUAAGAACAUAUUAAUAAAUAGUGAUGUGAAGCGAUUCCUAGAAGUAUGUCAAUUUUUUAUUAUAUUUAUAAAUAACUUUAAGAUCAUUAAUUAAUUAAUACUACCACCGCACCGUGGUUCCAUGAAAAAAGUACGCACAAAGAAUCCCACCUAUUUAAGUUACCUUAAUUGCAAGCAAAAGCAGAUUUUAUUUAUAACGUUGAUGAUAUAUUUUUUAUGACAAUAACGGACGAGACGUGCCGCUCAGGAUUCUUGCCAAACCCAAAAAUUCUGAGCGGCACUACAAUUACGCUCGUCACCUUUAGACAUAAGAUGUUGUCUCAUUUGCUCAGUAAAUUCU